AUGAUCAACGGUACGUUAAGGAGAAGGCUGCGCCACAACUUCUUGACAGAGGGGCCGGUGGGCAUUCUUUGGCAGCUAGCUGUCCUGCGAGACGUGGUGGCGCUGGUGGACCCCGAGCUGGAUGUUACGCCUUCACCUGCUUCUCCCAACCCCACUCCCUUCUGCCUCCCUCCCACAACAGCGUCACAACUUCCUAACAGAAGGCCUGGUGGGCAUUCUUCGGCAGCUAGCCCUGCUGAGGGACGCGGUGCACCCUCCCCUGCCCCAUGCCGCCUCCCAUCCCAAGCUGGCCUCCCACCUGGAGGAGCUUCAUGCUCGCCUGCCCCUGCCCCUCCCACCUUUCCGCCCCUCCUCGUCCCGCUCCAACAGCGUCACAAAUUCCUCACAGAGGGCCCUGUGGGCAUUCUUCGGCAGCUAGCGGUGCUGAGGGACGUGGUGGCGCUGAUGGACCCUGAGCUGGCGGGGCACCUGGAGGAGCUGGGCGCGGACAACUUCAUGUUCGCCUUCCGCAUGCUGCUCGUGCUCUUCAGGAGGGAGUUGCCGCUGUUGGACGUCAUUGUCAUGUGGGAGCUCCCACAUCUGGAGGAGCUGGGCGCGGAUAACUUCAUGUUCGCCUUCCGCAAGCUGCUCGUGCUGUUUCGAAGAGAGUUGCCGCUGCUCGAUGUUAUUGUCAUGUGGGAGGUGCGUUGGAGGGGUGGAGAUGGGUUGGAUAGUAUUGACCAUGGGUUAAGGGGAAGGUGGGUGGACCCCGAGCUGGCGGGGCACCUGGAGGAGCUGGGCGCGGAUAACUUCAUGUUCGCCUUCCGCAUGCUGCUCGUGCUCUUCAGACGAGAAUAG